AUGAAGUUCCUCCUCGCCACCACCCUCUUCGCCAGCUCCGCGCUCGCCGCAAACUUCGUCGGCUUCUCCAGCGCCGCAUGCCAAAAAGGCGACGGCGCAUACGUCCAGCUCUCCGCCUCGCAGAUCCAGGACUACGUCGUCAAGAACUACCCGGGCAGCGAGCUCAUCCCCACCGCCUCGCUGUCGUUCCCCAACGACAAGUCAUGCCCCUCCAACACCGAGGACACGUACAAAUAUGGCGAUUACAGUGGCCCGGGCAAGGGUGCGGGCGGGUCCGUUGCCGUUGUGUACUACAAGGAGACGGAUACGUACCGCGCUUGUAGGUAUAUUGCGUACGCGCAGCGUAAUGGAUACAGGGGCGAUUGCAAGUCGUAG